AUGUGGGGUGUGAGGAACCCGGGCGUGCUCCUGGCGCUGCUCCUGCUCCCAGGGGAAUUUCCACCCUUUGCGGGUGUCGGGGGGAAACUGAGGCACGGUGGCGAGGAUGUGUUUGGGGUGCUGGGGGGGUUUUUUUUUGGGGUUCUGUCCCCUCACCCCUUCCUUGGGACCCCCUCGGCAGCGCUCGGCGAGGGUUUCAGCCUCGACGCGCGGCGCUCGCGGCUCUUCCGGGGGCCACCGGAGUCCCAGUUUGGCUACCGGGUGCUGCAGCGGGGGGGAGACGGGGACAAGUGGCUGCUGGUGGGGGCCCCGUGGGACGGGGAUGGCCAAGGUGACAUCUACAAGUGCGACGUGGGACCCCAAAACUCCUCCUGUGCCAAGGCCAACCUCGGUACUGGGCGGGGCGGGGGGAGCAGCACCGGCCACCUGGGGAUGACGCUGGUGGAGUCCAAGGAUGGGGGGUUUGUGGCGUGCGCCCCGCUUUGGUCUCAGGAAUGUGGCACCUCCACCUUCAGCUCCGGCCGCUGCGUCCGGCUCGACGAGGAGCUCCAGCCCGUGGGCACCAUCGCGCCCACAGCCCAGCGUUGUUCUACCUACAUGGACAUCGUCCUGGUUCUGGAUGGCUCCAACAGCAUCUACCCCUGGGAGGAGGUGCAGGCCUUCCUUGGGAACAUCUUGGCACGCUUCUUCAUCGGCCCCGGGCAGACCCAGGUGGGGGUGCUGCAGUACGGGGAGCAGCUGGUGCAGGAGUGGGCGCUGGGGCAGCACCCCACAACCCAGAGCCUGCUGGAGGCUGCGCGGAACCUGACGCGGCAGGAGGGGAGGGAGACCAGGACGGCCAUGGCCAUCCGGGAGGCAUGCACCCAGUCCUUCAGCCCGGCGCGGGGCGGGCGCCCGGGGGCCGCGCGGCUGCUGCUGGUGGUGACGGACGGCGAGUCCCACGACGGCGACGAGCUGCCCGCGGCGCUGGCCGAGUGCGACCGCCACAACGUCACCCGCUACGCCAUCGCUGUGCUGGGCCAUUACCUGCGGCGGCAGCAGGAUCCCGAGGAUUUCAUCCGGGAGAUCAAAUCCAUCGCCAGCGACCCUGACGAGAAGUAUUUCUUCAAUGUCACGGAUGAGGCCGCCCUCAACGACAUCGUGGACGCUCUGGGAGAUCGGAUCUUCAGCCUGGAAGGCACCCACGGUGACAAUGAGAGCGCCUUCGAGCUGGAGAUGUCCCAGAUCGGCUUUUCCAUCCACCACCUCGAGGACGGGAUCCUCUUCGGGAUGGUCGGAGCCCACGGCUGGCAGGGGGGUGUGCUGGAGGAGAGGCGGAGGGGCCGCGUGGUUCCAGCCCGGGAAGCGUUCCAGGAGGAAUUCCCGCUGCAGCUGAAGAACCACGCGGCCUACCUGGGGUACUCGGUGUCCUCGCUGCAGCUCCCGGGGGGGCAGCGCCUGUUGGUGGCCGGUGCCCCUCGCUUCCAGCACAAGGGCAAGGUCGUCCUCUUCCAGCUGGACCCCACGGGCGCCGUGACGGUGGCCCAGGCGCUGAUGGGGGACCAGAUUGGCUCCUACUUCGGCAGCGAGGUGCUGGCCCUGGACCUGGAGGGAGAUGGGGACAGCGAGCUGCUGCUGGUGGCAGCGCCCACCUACCUGGGGGGCCAGAGCAGGGAGAUGGGGAGGGUCUACGUGUACCGCGUGGGGCAGGUGAGAGGGCUGGACCCCGCGGGGUCGCUGCACCCCGAGCCGAGCCCGCAGGAUUCCCGGUUCGGCUCCGCCCUGGGCGCGGUGCCCAACCUGAGCCAGGACGGGCUGGCCGGGGCCGUGGUGGGGGCUCCGCUGGAGGACGAGCACCGCGGGGCUCUCUACGUGUUCCACAUCGCCCCGGGCUCCCUCCUGCCCCGCUACAAGCAGCGCAUUGAGGCGGCGGUGCUGGGCUGGAGCCUCCGGUACUUCGGGAUCAGUGUGGACGGACGGGUGGACAUGGACGGGGACGGGCUGGUGGACGUGGCCGUGGGGGCGCAGGGGGCGGCCGUGCUGCUGCGGUCCCGCUGGAUCAUCCGGGUGUCCGCGGGGGUGUCGGUGGAGCCGGCGGCCGUCAGCGUCACCCGGCGAAACUGCCGGCGCGGCGGCUCCGGCGCCGUCUGCCUCCGCGCCAGGAUCUGCUUCCGCGGCCAGAGCCGCGCGCGGAGAGGCCCCGGGGACGUGGAUGUGGAUCUCCGGUACAACGUGUCCCUGGAGGAGCGGAUCCCGGGAUCCCGAGCCGCCUUUGACUCCGGCGGCCGCCGGCUGCUGCAGCGCCGCACGGAGCUGCGGCUGGGCGGGCAGAGCUGCGCCCGCGUCCCCUUCCACGUCCUGGACACCUCGGAUUACCUGCGGCCCCUCAGCCUCAGCCUCACCUGGGCGCUGGAUGCGGCUGCGAGCGCGGUGCUGGACGAGGCGUCUCCCACCAGUGUCCGCAAACUGAUCCCGUUUUUCAAAGAUUGCGGGAACGACGACGAGUGCGUCGCUGACCUGGUGCUCAAGGCCACCACGGACAUCAUGGGCUCCAGGCAGAGCCCUCACAUCGUGCGGAAGGGCCGGAGGCGGAUGCUGGUGGAUGUGGAGCUGGAGAACCGGGGGGAGAACGCCUACAACGCCAGCCUGUGGCUGCACCUGCCUGGGAACCUCCAUUUCUCCAGCCUCGUGCUCCAGGAUCCCAUGGGGGUUGUGGGGGUGGUCCAUUGCUGCCACCUGGCCGUGUCCCCAAUGUCCCCGUGGUGUCCCCGGCAGGAUCCCAGCUCGGUCAAGCUGGAGUGCUCAGCCCUGGGGGGGCACCGCCGGCGCUGCAGCGUGGGCUACCCCGUCUUCCGCUCACAGGCCAAGGUGUCCUUCACCCUGGAGCUGGAGUUCAGCUGCUCCGUCCUGCUGGACCGCGCCGAGGUCACUCUCAGGGCCACCAGUGACAGCACCGAGGCCACAGCGGAGGACAACGCGGUCAAGCUGUCCGUGCCCAUCCGCUACGAGGCCAACCUGUUCCUGUCCAGGUGGGGCUGGGGGGGCGAGGGGGGACACAUCGUGAUGGGUGUGACCCCCCCUGUGCACCCCCCACCCCCAAAAAACAGCUACCUGCAGAGUGGGGGGGUCUUAGAAUGGGAUGUGACCCCCCUGUGUGCCCCAAAAAACACCGACCUGCAGAGUGGGGGGGACACAUCUGACACCAACCUCCAUCGCUACGAGCUUCCACCCCCGGGCACCUUCAUCGCCAGCUCCAGCCCCGAGUUCAGCACCACGGUCAAGAACGUCACCCUGCACAUGGCCCUGCCGGCGCUGUCUGUCACCCGUGUCCUGGCGGAGAACGCCUCCUGCAGGCUGAGCCCCCCCGAUGGGGGCACCCCCAGAGCGCUCCCGGUGCCCCCCGAGGCUCUGCGGCACAGCGAGCGGCUGGACUGCUCCAGGUCUCGCUGCCGGGAGCUGCGCUGCGCGCUGGCGCGGCUGGAGCGCGGCGGCGCCGCCUCCGUGGAGCUCGAGCGGAGCCUCCGCGGCGCCGCGCUGGGCUCGGUGAAAUUCCGGAGCCUGAGGAUCGUCAGCAGCGUCUGUCUGGGGCUCGGGGGGGAGCUCCUGGUGCUGGAGGAGGGGGCGCAGUGCCGGGAGCUGGAGCUGGAGCUGCUCCGGGCCCGCCCGGUGUCGGUGUCCCUGUGGAUCCUGGGGGGCAGCGCCCUGGGGGGGCUCCUGCUGCUGGCGCUGCUCAGCCUCGGCCUCUGGAGGCUGGGAUUCUUCUCCCACCCGAAGCCCUCCCGGGAGGAGGAGGAGGAGGAGGAGGAUGAAGAGCACUGAGGUGGCAGGAGGACAUCCCAGAACCUCCUCCUGGGACAUUCCAGGCUUUGGGAUCGAUGCAGGGACCAGGGGAUGAUGCUGGAGCCCUGAGGAUGGAGCUGGGAGUGGGAAAAGUGGGAAUGAAC